AUGGUUGAAUCCACUUCUCAAACACCACCAGAAAGUCAUCCUCAUCAAACACCGCCUGAAACCACAUUCAUUCCAACCUCAGGAAACCCUAGAAUUUCAGAUCCAUAUGUUAUACAUCCCAGUGAUAAUCCGGCCACUGUGUUGUUCUCUCCAUUGUUGCAGGGCGACAAUUAUGGAUCCUGGGUACGAGGAAUCACCAAGGCCCUCAACGCAAAAGGAAAACUUGGAUUCGUGGAUGGUACUCUUUCCCCUCCCACUGAUGCACUCGCCUAUCAGUGCUGGAAGAGGUGUGACGAUAUGGUGGGAAGUUUGCUUCUCAAUUCAUGCGAACCUGAUAUCCGGGCAAGAUGCUUAUAUGCUCCUUCUUCUCAUGCAAUAUGGAAGGAUCUGCAAGUGAGGUUUUGUAUUUCUAACGCACCUAUUUUGUUUCGAUUGAAAUCUGCAAUAGCUUCUAUACGACAAGAAUCGAUGUCAGUGUCUUUGUAUUACACAAAAUUCAAGACACCGUGGGAUCAAUAUGAUUCACUUGUCGCUGUCACUGAGGUGUGUAUUUGUGGAGCUGGGAAGCAAUUACUUGAACGACUAGAAGGUGACAGAGACAUGGAGUUUCUUCAAGGUUUACACGAUAGAUUCUCUAAUCUCAGAAGUUAG